AUGGCCAUGCAGCAGCAGCAGGUGCCAGUCAUGCAGCACCACCUUGGCUCUUGGGUGUACCCAUCACUGCCAAUGAUAUACCUGCAGCAGCAAUUAAUACUGAUAUGUCUGGCAGCAGCACCCGGUCUGCCCACGCUGUAUCAGCAGCCACCCAUAGUGUUUCCACAUGGAGCUGUACCAGCAGCCACCCAUAGUGUUUCCACAAAUGUGUACGUGCACAGCCCGGAUGAGCCUGCGCAGAUGACGUCGCGGGUGGCGACGGUGGGCCCCAGCGAGAGCGCGCACGUGUACUUGCAGGCGACGGCGGUCCGUGCCUCGCCGGAGGUGUGGGGCCUGCGGCUGUCGCAGCGCCGCUGCCGCUUCCCCUGGGAGUCGCCGUUGCCGACCACCCCCGUCUAUUCUUACGCCGCCUGUCGCAUUUACUGCCGCCUCCUACUCGCUCGCCGCCUCUGCGGCUGUGCGCCGCACUUCUACAAGAGAACAGAUUCACAUCCUGUUUGUGGCAUAGAAGGGAUGAAGUGCUUGUUUGAAAACAGACACAUGCUACAGAGACUGGCGGAGAACGAAACGGGUGACAGCGUGUGCAGUUGCCUGCCGCAAUGCGAGGGCUCCAAGUACGUGCUGGCCUCCACUCAAAGAUACAACUGGAACCUUGGUGCGCAACUUACCUGGGGACUUCAGAAAUAUCCACACAUGCGUAUGAGAAGAGAUGUCAUAUUUGGCUUCACAGAUUUAUUAGUAUCUACGGGAGGUUCUCUCGGCUUGUUCCUGGGGUGCAGUGUCCUCACCUUAGCAGAAGUCUUAUACCUUCUGGUAUACAGACCAUUUGCUGCAGUUGUAUGUAAACUGUUAAGGAAGAAGUAGUUGCAAAGAGUG